GAUUCUGGAGUUUUUUGUUCCUGGUGAGUCUGCAGCAGAGCUCUGCAGGACCUGACAUGUCUGAUCUGAGACCAGGAUCCACCCAGAGAGGACUCGUACCCCUCUCUGCUGAGACACAAACCCCCCUCUAAGACUCCUCUCCCCCGCCCGGAACACGAACCCUCUCCCGGUUCUUUACCUUCGCUGAUCGAUGGUUGAUCGAUGGCUGUGAUCGAUCGGUGGCGUGGUCCGGGCUCCGGCGUAUCGGCGGUGGUCCAGGUGUCCCGGCGGUCCGCCUCCUCUACAUGCUGAGUGAGUGUGAACCCGGAAAACAGCCGCUCGGCGCUCCGUUAACUAUAAAAGGAGUUAUUUCCUCAGGAGGAACUGAGCCCACAGCCAAUCAGAGAGCAGAGGAGACGGCGACGACGACUGCAACCUGACCGGCAACCGAUGGAGGCAACCUCAACAUCGACCGACUCAGGCAACCUGGACUGAGGUGAGACUGCAGGAGAGAGAGAAAACAGACGUUAAUGAGGAAAAGUACGGAGGAUCAGAGCUGCCAAAGAGAGAAAAAACUGAUUUAAAUAAAUAACAUUUUAAAUUAAAGAAGAGAAUCAGCUUUUUUAUGUUUGAUGAAGUUACAGAUAAAGUACGGUCAUUUAAAGUAAUUUAUUAUUUUCAUAUUUUUUCUGAAAUGGUUCUUUAAAUUUGUUCUUAUUCAUUUAAAAGUGAAGCCAGUGCAGAAGGAAUGAAAACUGCAGUUCCCUGAGUGUCCAGCAGAGGGUUUGUUCCAAAAGACAUGUUGACAUGUAGUCAAGUCCUCUUUUUUCUGUACAGCUCCAUUUUUAAAAGUUAUUAGGGGGUGCAUGUUUCCUAUGAUUGACACCUGAUAGAGCCAAUGGGAGUACAGAGAUUGAGUAGAUCACCCGGGGGAUACGCUGUUUGAGCCGACCGUCGUCACAGCAACUCUCAGGCUGAACGCGUACAACGCUGCUGUGCAAUGUUGGUUUCAGGAAGUGGAGAAAAAUCGCAGAAUUGCCGAGAACUUUUUGGCUUCAAAUUUGAACAUUGGAGGAAGGAGGAACCAAGUUGUCCAGAGUAAAUACAGUCUGUGGUAAAUUCCCAUAAAACCUCCUGUUAAAAACUUUACAGCAAAUAUUUUUAAAAAAGUUUGAGUAAUGAUUCUCGUAAGUAAUAAUUUUACUAUGACUUUAUUCUCAGAAGUAACAAUUAAAUUACGACUUUAUUCUCUUAAGAAAUUACUUUACUACAACUAUAUUGUCGUAAGUAAUCAUUUUACAACGACUCUAUUCUGGUAAGUAAUUAAUUUAUUUCGACUUUUUAUUCUCAUAAGUAACGACUUUAUUACAAGUUUAUUGUCGUAAGACUAAGUAAUGAUUUUAUCAUGGCAUUAUUCUCAUAAAUAAUGAUUUUACUACGACUUUAUUUUCGUAAGUUAUUACUUUAUUACGACUUUAUAUCAUCGUAAGUUAUUACUUUAUUACAACUCUAUUUUUGAAAGUAAUGACUUUAUUACGACUUUUUAUUCUGGUAAGAAAUUAUUUUAGUGUGACUCUAUUCUUGUUAGUAAUCACUUAUUCUCGUAAAUUAACGACUUUUAUCUCAAAGUUUUAGUUUUUUUUUUUCCUUAAUGUGGCCCUAAUACUCUGUCAUAAUUAUCUUGUUGGAACCGUUUCUAUAUUGAGCACAUAAUAUAGUUAUAACUAGUUUAAGUUUUUGUUUACUGCAAACACAUAUAAAUACAAAUAUCUGUUUAUGUUCUAAAUCAUCCAGGUCAUAGUAAUUUAAUUUACCUGAAGAAGCUUUUGGAGGAGAGGCCAAACGUCUCUUAAUCCAGCUGCCCUUUUAACAAAAAAAUUGGAUAUAUGCGAAUAUAGAUCUCCUAUUUUAUCUUGUGCACACUUGCUGUUAUCUUGAGUGCAUUAAGGAACUUGUUGCAGCAAAAUAAUUGAGAUUAUUUAAAAUAAAAUAAAAUAAAAUAAAAUAUAUAUAUAUAGAAUGAAAUAUUAUUCUUACAAUCUAAUCUAAUACAAAAAUAUAUUUUUCAAGAAAAAGUCACAAAAAUUGAAGAAAACAAAUCACUCUUGUCUGUUUCAGUAAUAUCCUACAUUUCCCAUGUCACCCCUCGACACGGAAGUGCGUCAUCACGCGUGACCUUGGUUUUCUUCUUCACUUGGUUUUCCUGCAGACGGAGAGGACAAGCAUGGCGAAUAAAGAGCCCGGUGUAAGUGUAUUUUCCCUUUUUGACCGCUUUAAAACGCAUUUAGGUGACACUUUUGGACUUAGUUUGAUUAAAGCCCGCUACCGUUUCCCGCUCUUUGCUCUAGAGUUUGUGACAUCGGCGUUUUUAAACCUGAUAUCCACGUGAGUCAGGCUGAUUCUGAUGUAAGCUAACGUUAGCUGACAGGUAAAGAUAAGACGAGCUGAAAUGUCCUCUAAAGCUUCAACAUGGAGAUGAACAGAGGAGCUGAAUGGAGGGCUGGUUCAAGAGAGUAAUGUCGGGAAGCUAAAUAUAACCAAACUAUCUUUGCAUGUGAGUUGAAUAAGCUUGGAGCAGGGAGACCAGGGUCCGUCUGGAAAUCUAUCAAAUGAUAAUUUCCUUACUAAUCUGCGUUAUAAUAAUGUAAUUGUAUGGUUGUUUUGAAGCUAAAAGACAUUCCUAGAAUCUUUUCUAUAAUCCGGCCUAUAUUUAAUGUGACCAUAGUGGGUUUAACUUCCCAGAGAUCAUAAAGUACUUGGACAGUCGCGCCUGAAUCGCGUAUGUGAGGACGAGCGAGUGACAUCCGGUCCUGCCUAUGCAAACAUAAAAUAAAGGUGGAUAUCUUUUAAAUUGCUUCAGCUCUGUGAAUUAUUUAUGAGCCGAAUUUAAGAUAAGAUCUCAAUGUUUAGAAAUAGAUGAUUAACUUUGUCUUCUUGUGCGAUUAAUUCCCAUUUUUACUGACAAAUAUUUAAGCUGCGAAAUUAUGAAUGGGAUUUGGUUACUUGUGAACACAUAUGCUGUGCUUUUGAGACAAGAUGUGAUGUUCCUUUAUUAGUCCCACAGGGGGAAAUUCCAAAAUCACAACAGCAUUAUUAAAAUUAGGAGUUAAAAUGUUUACAUCUAUACAGAAUUUACAUUAUAAAAUAAUAUUAGUGCUGUACACAGUCCUCCAUAAAUCAUUACAAAGAACUAAUCAUGCACCCAUCAUGCCAUGUCUAUGAAGUGACCCUAAAAUCCGAUCAUUAAGUAUCCCUCAGGAGCUUCAUAUCUGAGACUGUUGUUUCUCGUCUUUCAGAGUUUUUUGCAGCAGCUGCGUCAGAUCGCAGGCAGGAUGUCCUCAGGACCUCGGGGAGCAGGUGUGGGUGUCAAGCUGCUGAUCGGGGCUGGAGCUCUGGUGUACGGCGUGAAGGAGGCCACAUAUACAGGUAGUUUACCGCACCUUCACCUCACGCUCACAAACCCUGUCCAGAUCUGACAUCACCUGAGCCCUGCAGGAUUAGAGGGUGUUAUGGGGAUUUAUGGGUUAAUUCGUGGUUUUCAGCGGACGUUACCUGCUAAUGAGAGAGAUUAGUGUGUAUAAUACCAUCACUGACGGACCAAUCGGGUCUAACGAUCCUGGAGAGGGUCGGUGAGAGUACGCAGAGUAAAAACUGAAACUGUCUCAUGCACAGGUGCGUCUCUGUCUUCCUCCUCUGCGUGGACAUAAACGUAGUGAGUUUGUCUUUAUGAGAGGAGAGCAAAGAGGACAUACAAAUAUGAAAGAACAGAAGUGAGCGUUGGGUCCAAACUGCGGUCCACUUCUUUGUUUUAGUCCUGACCUGUGCGAUACAGACAUGCUGAAGAUUUAAAGAGCGUGCAAACUUUAAAAACGGAUUCUGGUUGUUGACGUUAGACCGGUCAGCUGAUUAAUCAUCAUACAGUCGAGAUGGUCGACACUGUCACCUUAUGUCCUCUCCUCACGAUGCGUCCUUCCACCCUUCCUUGUCGCCUUAUAUUGCAAACAGAACAAAGUUUAUGUGUGUUUUAAAGAGCUCUCGCGUCGUGGUGUCUGUGAUCGACUCUCUCUUUGGCUAAAUCAUCGUCAGUAUUUCAGGAUUUAUCCGAGUGACUGAAAACGUUUGUUUCCUGCAGUUGAAGGAGGACAGAGAGCGAUCAUCUUCAACAGGAUCGGGGGGAUGCAGAUGGACACGGUCCUCGCUGAGGGACUCCACUUCAGGUAGGAGGACGCUGAGGAUUGAAGUGUGUGAUGGAGAGAUAUAGAAGGUCAUUCCCUCCUGCAGCUGUCAGACCUCAGUGUGCAGUAAAUCAGAUUUAUAUGUCUAUAGUAAAUCACACUCAUGUAUAAAUCUUUUUUAACUCUAAGUUUCUUAUCCUUUAAUUUCUCUUUUUGUUUUUCUGCUUCUGUAAUUUAGAGUUUCCCUCUGUGAGACGAGUAAAAGAAUAUUUAUCUUACCUUAACGUCUCCUCCUGUUGGUCAAAAGUGAAGCCAAGAAACUUUCCUCACAGCCUCCAAAACUCACGUUUACCUCUGACACACUCACAGCGAUGGAAAGUUCAGUGACUCUUGCUCUUUAAUGUUUCCUCUCUCUGUCUCUCCUCAUUGGUCGACGCAGCUGUCAAUCAUCAAAGACAGAAGAAAGAGUCUGUAUUUAAGACUAAAAGUGUAACUUUCUUGAGCGUUUUAACUCUUUGCUCAGAAAACACAUUUCAAAAAGAAAAGAAGAAACCCGAUGGAAAUGUCAGAGAAAUAAAAUCUGAAUGAAUUAAUUUUAAGUUUAUUUAUUUAUCUGUUUUUUCAGCUGAUUUUGACUUUUUACUGCAGCUCGUAGGUCACCUUUGUGGUCAUGUUUCACACAUUUUUACCUUCACUAAACAAAUCAAGUCAUUUUCUGCCUUUUUUUCUGUUGCAUUCAUGAACUAAAAUGCUUCUCUUCUCUGUAUUUGUUUGUUGUCAUCGUCGUCUGCAGGAUACCCUGGUUCCAGUAUCCCAUCAUCUACGACAUCCGAGCCAGACCCAGAAAGAUCUCCUCCCUCACCGGAAGCAAAGGUGAGAAAUCUGACAAACUUUAAAGUCUCUCUGUGUGUGUCGAUGUUAAAAGAGAUGAAGUUUUUAAUCCAACUGUCAUUUUCUUCUGUGAAACCUUUUGGCCUAAAACGAGAGAAAACAUCAAACAAACUCUUUAUUUAAAAUGACACCAGGUGAAUCCUGAACUCUCAGGAGCUCCAGAAGCAGCUUUUCUAACCGUGACUUUGAAACUUAAAAGUGAAUUAAAACCUCUUAAUUUGCACCGUUUCAUCAUUUAACCCCCAAAAACAAACAAACAAACAAACAAACAUGUGCAUCUCUGCAGAAGUUCUGGUCCCGUCCCGUUUUCUCAGUUUUUUCUUUUUUACCAACAAACAGAUUCAGUCGUUUCUCAAAUAACAUCAACAUUUACUGAGUUCUGUUUGAAUUUAGCUGACAGGUUUGUGUGUAAUAAAUUAUUAUUAUAAACUAUUAUUAUACAUUAUAAUUAUUAUUUUAUAUCAUUACUAUUUAUUACAUUAUUAUUAUUAUUAUUUUAUAUCGUUAUUAUAUAAAACAAUAUUAUUAUGCAACUUCUACUACUACAAUUAUCACUAUUAUUAGUAUUAUCAUUAUUAUACCUAUAUAAUUAUAAAAAUAACAAUUAUGAUCAUUAUAAUUAUUAUUAUUAUUAUGUAUUGUGUGUCUGUGAAUUUCCACAGAUUUUUAAUCUCUCUCCUUGUUUUUAUUAAACUGAGACUCCAGUCAGUUCAGAAUCACAAUCAUGUCAUAAUAAAGUGAUAAAAAUGUUUUUUUUCUUCACAAACCCUCAACUGUGUUUGAGGUUGUAAAGAAGCAGUUUGUCCACCAGAGAGCGCCGUUGACCUGGUUUCUGGACUCUCAAACGUCCCAAACUCAGUUUUUAGAUAAAUUCAUGUUUAAUAUAAAAACAUUUGCUGUGAUUUAAACCAGGUAAAUGUCUUCAGAUCAGCUGUUAACCCCCUCGCUCCUCUGGUUCCUCUCAGACCUCCAGAUGGUGAACAUCGCUCUGAGGGUUCUGUCCCGCCCGCUGGCGUCCAACCUGCCCACCCUCUACCAGCAGCUGGGUCAGGACUACGACGAGCGCGUGCUGCCGUCCAUCGUCAACGAGGUGCUGAAGAGCGUGGUGGCGAAGUUUAACGCCUCACAGCUCAUCACGCAGAGAGCUCAGGUAAGAAAGACUCACCUGGUCACAGAAUCCUACAGGUAUCUACCGUAAAACUUCUAAUACAGGGGCCCCUUUGUUUCCAUGUCUAACAUCAGCUCGCCUGUAUUUAUCAAGUUACAGCAUCAGCAGAGUGACAUUAAAAUAUGAAUAUUUGAUCUAAUUAUCUUAAAAAAGACUCGCUGAUAAACAAAAGCCUUUUAUUUAAAGUGACAGUACGUGACGAACACAAAAACACUGAAUUAUUAAUAUCUGUGAGUGUGGAGGCGCUCAAAAAAAACCCAAACACUUUAAUCUCAGCACACAAAAAAAACUUUUUACACUUCUCUGAUAAAGUUAUAGUUUAUCAUAAGUCAUAAUAUCAUAAUUUUACUGUUUUUUAACUGUUUUUUUUGUCCUCCAGGUGUCCCUGCUGAUCCGCAGAGAGCUGUUUGAGCGAGCAAAAGACUUCAACAUCAUCCUGGACGACGUGGCCAUCACCGAGCUGAGCUUCAGCCGAGAAUACACCGCCGCCGUCGAGGCCAAGCAAGUCGGUGAGUGACGAGAGGAAGGGCUUUAUUCCAACCCUCGAAACCAAAGAGACGUUUCAUUUUAACAGAUUUUUGUUAAAAGACAGAAAAAAGGUUUCCACGAAAGAAGUGAAGGAUGGAUAAAUAACAGAGGAAGAAGGAGGAAUGUAAUUAAUGAAACGGACAGAAAGGAGAGAGAGAGAGAGAGGAUUGAGAGAGGUAAAUUUAAAAAGAGGAGAAACAAAAACUGGAAGAAGGGAAAAGGAUGCGAAAAAAGGAGAGAGGGUGAAAAUAGGAGAGUGAAGGAAGGAGAGAGGAAGUAAGUACAGCAGAAAAGGAAAAGAGGAAAAAGUGAGGUGUUUAGGGACUAGUGAAGGAGAUAAGGCAGAAAAGAAGGAAGAAAAGGAGACAUGGUAGGGAAAAAAGGAAUUAAGUAGACAAAGUAGGGAAGAGAGGAAGAAAAGGAGGCUUGGAAGGGAAAAGGGAAUUAAGGAGACAAAGUAGGGAAGAGGAGAGGAAAAGGAGGCAUGGAAGGGAAAAGGAAUCAAGGAGACAAGGUAGAAAAGAGUGGAAGAAAGAAGUAAAGGAGACGAAAGGGAAAAAGGAAUUAAGGAGACAAGGUAAGAAACAGGGGAAGAAGGAAGAAAAGGAGACAAGGAAGGGAAAAAGAAAAUAAGGAGACAAAGUAGGUUAGAGGAGAAGGAGGAAGAAAAGGAGGCAUGGUAGGGAAGAGUGGAACAAGCAAGAAGGAGACAUGAGGGGAUAAAGGAAUAAAGGAGACAAAGUAGGGAAGAGGGGAAGAAUGAAGAAAAGAAGGAAGAAAAGGAGACAAGGAAGGGAAAAAGGGAUUAAGGAGACAAGGUAGGGAAAGGGGAAGAAGGAAGAAAAGGAGACAAGGAAGGAAGUAAGGAGACAAGGUAGGGAAGAGGGGAAGAGAGAAGAAAAGGAGACAAAAAGGAAUUAAGGACAAAAAGUAGGGGAGAGAGGAAGAAAAAGGAGACAUGGUAGGGAAAAGGAAAUAAGGAGACAAGGUAGGGAAGAGGGUAAGAAGGAAGAAAAGGUUAAAAUAGUUUUAGAGACAGAUUUUAGUGUCUUGAUGUUUCUCAGCGGGUGUUAAACUCUGUUACUCUUCAGGAGUAUUAGAAACAGGUUUUAUCUGCAUCAUCUCUUUAAAAGCUUUUAUCGUUAAUUUUAACAUUUCCUUCAUCAGUGAUUCCUAACUCAGUCUGAAGCUCUUUAUUUCCUCUCUCUAAGUUUAUUUUCAUGAGCCUAAAUAAAAAUGAGUUCGUCCCGCUCAUAAGAGGAGAAAAUGUGACAGCUCUGUGUUUAUUUCCUGUUCCUCUGCAGCCCAGCAGGAGGCGCAGCGAGCUCAGUUUUACGUGGAGAAGGCCAAACAGGACCAGAGACAGAAGAUCAUCCAGGCGGAGGGAGAAGCUGAGGCUGCAAAGAUGGUGAGCUGAGUCUGUGAAAACCCUCCUGAUCAUGUCGACGAGUCAGAGAGUGAAUGUUUGAGGAAAAAACGAGCAGGCGAAGCUUCGGGGCUUUAAAAAUACUUAAAAACCUUUUAAACGUUCAUGUUGAAGUCGGCGCAGACAGCAGCCGUGUCUCCAGAAGGUCACAGCCGACAUGUUGUUACUGUUGUUUUCUGAAACCUGUUGUCGUGUCCUGGAGGCAUUUCUGUCUGAGCAGAAGGUUUACACGUCUGUGAUCAUCCAGGCGGCGCUGACUUCUCCUCUCAACAAACGCCUGUUUUUAAAUUAAACCAGAAAGAUUUAACUUUAGACACGAUAUAGAGACCUGAAAGAUACGACAGGUGAAAUAUUAAAAACAUGUUCCAGAUCACAGCCGCAGAUUUAAUCUGUAAAAACAGAUUUCAGAUUAUUUUUGAGGCAGAGAUUCCAGGGAAACUACGCCCUGCAGCUCAUUCCUGACUCACAGGGCGUGAGAAGAGCGAGCGUCGAAGCUGCUGGAGUGAAGCUCAGAUGUGUUUACGAUGACGAUCAUUCACACCGUCCUCAUAACGACAGCGGGUUUGGUUUGGUUAGGACGUGAUUUCACCGAGGAACUUUAAACGCUGAGUUCAAAGAAUAAAACAGUCACUUAAGUCUAAAAAAUAAAACACAGACAGUGAUCUAAUAACUGAAAAUGAGAGCGUUCAUGGUCCUCCAGAUUUGAGAAUAAGAAUUUAUACAUUUAGAUUUAUCUGAACUUCUGGAUUUUAGGGUCUAAAAGUCGCCCAUGAGACUUUAAAAGUGUUUGUUGGUCUCAGUUUUUUAACUUCAGAUCUAAAAAGUGUUUCAUCGAUUUUAACUGUUCUUGAUUUUUUACUGACAGACUUCAUAAAAAAAAGGAGAAUUUUUUAAGUAAUUUUCAAUAGUGUGAAUUAUUUUGAUAUAAUCUUGAUUUUAUUGAAUUUAAUUUUUGGAUUUUUUUAUUCUUCACUUUAAAAAAAAUUCUAUAUUUUUAGUUCGUUUUUUUUUUUUUAAGUAUAAAAGUGAAAUUUAUUUCAAUAUAAUCUUGAUUUGAUUAAUUUAAUUUUCCAAUUUUUUUAUUCUUUAAUUUUUAAAAAUUUCUUUAUUUUUAGUUUUUUUUCUUUCAUUUUUUCAAGUAUUAAAAUGUGAUGUGUGAUUUAUUUUAAUAUAAUCUUGAUUUGAUUAAUUGAUUUUUUCUAUUUUUUUAAUCUUCAAUUUUUAUAAAUUUCUAUAUUUCUAGUUUGAAUUUUUUUUUCCAAGUAUGACCAAAUUGAUUUUUUUAUUCAAUAUAUCUUAAUAUUUCUAUAUAUCUCUUAAAAAAUAUUUAUAUAUUUUAAUUUAAAAUCAUUUUGCACUUUUUAUUUGUUAUUCAUAAUUAGAAAAUAAUGUUUUCUUUAACCCUGACUCAGGACCCUCCCCCCCUCCAUUGUUUUUGUUGUUGUUAAGACGGUCCAACUUGAAAGAUAAAUUAAUUAAUAUUAAAUAAACAACAGGAGUUCAGGCUGCAGUGAAAAUGUUGAAACUUUUCUCUGAAUGUUUUUGAAUAUUUUUGGUGAUCAUAUCUCUGAUUAAAUCUCUUUAAAAGCUCAAACAUCUUUUCUAAAUUCCUGUAAAAUAACCCUGAAAGCAGAAAUCUUAAGAAGUAUUCUAGUCUGAUAACUCAGAGGUGUUUGGAUCAUUGGACCUGCAGUGGGGGUCUGCAGUCCUGACUCUGGUAUUUGUCCCGGGGUCUCUGCGGUCUCUUCUCUAAAGUCUCUAAAUCACCUGGAAGGUUAUGUAACGCACGUAUGUAACACACGAUCGACCGCGGUUAUUCUGGUUGUUAUUUAACAUUAAUUUAAACAGGAUUAUGCAAACAUGAACUUCUGCAGCCUCCGGCCAUCUGCACAUGCCCUCUGUGUUUAAACUGCAGCUUACAUAAACUAAAGAGAAGAAGAAGAAGAAGAGGAGCAGCGAGAGGGUGAGAGGGACGGGAGCUCUGGCGACUCUUAGAUAAACGUCUGAACAUCGACGUCCAGCAGCCGCAGGUUCAUGCAGCUUGUGUAAAGGUUUAUGAGUGUUGUUUGAUUUGACGAUGUCGUAUCUGCAGACUCGGUUAUUUUUAAGGUCGUUACUCUGAUUUAUAAGGUUAUAAUGAACACGAUAAAACCUCCUCCAGAUCUGCGCUGUGAUAACGCCGUGUCCUGAGGUGAACUGGCGCCGCCUCGCCUCCUUUCUCAAACACUUAAACAAACACUCCAUCCAAAUAUGCGCCAAUUAUUCCGCCGCCUGUCAACAUGCGUGAGAAUAUUAAAGCCACGCGGCGACACGCCUGCAGCUUUGAUGGCGGGGACCGGCUCGUCCUGCUGCCGCUCCGCCUCGGGUUCGCCGCUCACUCUUCCUUUUGUUAGUGGAGUUACAGUAAUCUCCUGUGGUUACACUAACACUCUGAAUAUGUGUGUGUGUUUGUGUUUGUGUGUGUCAGCUGGGCGAGGCCGUGACGAAGAACCCCGGUUACCUGAAACUCAGGAAGAUCAGGGCGGCGCAGAACAUCGCCAAGACGGUAAGAGACUUUGAUCUGGAACUUUCUUCUCUGCUCAGUCUCUUCUUCUCUUCUCUUCUUCUUCUUCUUUUUCUUCUUCUUCUUCAGAUUUACACGUUUGAAAACACAGAAACAGACACACAGUAUUAAUGAAUUAAACUUAAACUUUUAUUUUUUAACCCUGGAGGUGAAAAACGAUCUGCAGCUGGAACAUUUAAGACUCUGAAAAUAAAACAUAAAAGUUUAAAAAUCAGCUCAUCUACAGCAGAAAAAAAACGCCUGUUUCUCUUUUUUAGUUUAGAUUUAUACGGAAAAAAGGAGUGAAGGAUGAAUAAAUAAUAGAGGAAGAAGGAGGAAUAUAAUUAGUGAAAAGGACAGAAAGAAAAGAGGGAUGAAAUGAAAUUUAGAAAGAGGAGAAACAAAAACUGGAAGAAAGAAAAAGGGAGACCAAAACAAAAAAGAGAGAGAGGAUGAAAAAGGAAGAGUCUGAAGGAAGGAGAGAGGAAGUAAAAACAGCAGAAAAGGAAAAAAAGGGAGGUGUUUUGGGACUAGUGAAGGAGAUAAGGAAGAAAAGAAGGAAUAAGGAGACAUGGUAGGGAAAAAAGGAAUUAAGGAGACAAGGUAGGAACAAGGGGAAGAAAAGGAGACAUGGAGGGGAAAAGGAAUUGAGAAGACAAGGUAGGGAAGAGGAGAAGAAGGAAGAAAAGGAGACAUGGUAGAGGAAAAAAAGGAAUUAAGGAGACAAAAUAGGGAAGAGGGGAAGAAGGAAGAAAAAAGGAAGGAAUGGAGACGAGGGAGAAAAGAUGGAAGCAAGGUAGGAGAUGAGACAAAAUAAGAGGAAUGAGGAGGAAAGAAAGAAAAAAGAAAGUAAAAUGUAUGGAGGUAAGAGGGGGAGGAAAGGAACAAAGGAAUCACUGAAAAAUAGAGAAGAAAAAGGUUAGAGGGAUCAAGGAAUCAGAGAAGGAAAGGAAUGGAGAAAUAAAGGAGGAAAGAAAGUCAGAGAAUUUAUCAUUAAAAAAACAUUUUUGUAAUUCAUUAAUUCUGUCGUUAAUUUUAUACAAACUUGACGAUCUGCUGUGACGAUGUCCUGAAACCACCAGGCGACCCUCUGAGGGGUCGGGAGCCACAGCUUUGUAACAGCAGCUGUAGUUCACUGUGAAGCCACUAGGUGUCAGCAGCUGAACAUUGAUUUGACAGAGAAACUCCAUCAGCUGAUCCUCAGACAUGGAGGUGAUCAGAUCUUCACUCUGUAACAUGAAAUCAUUAUAAUUGAUUAAUCUUUAUUGAUUAAUGAAUUUAGAGGAGCAGGAAGACGACGCUCACAUUAAAUAAAAACACUUUUACACACGUCUGAAACUCCGGGUCAGACUUUUGGUUAAAUGUAGACAUGUCUGAGGUGUCAGAGGCAGAGCAGCAACUCCUGAGUCUGUUUUCUGUCAGUUUUCUGCCUCCGAGUCACGAGAGUCUGAAGAGAGAGAAAAACGACAACAAAGGUCCGAUGUUCAGAAACGAGAUUUUAACGUGUUUUUAAAGGACGAUAAUGAGCCGACUGUUAAAGCAUCCAUAAUUCAUGUGUUCACAGUGACGCUCUUCAUCCCACAGAUGAAUGAAAACACACAUGAAUAAAUCCUCAGUUAUAACAUGAAACAUUCAGAUUCAUUCAUUCAUACAGUCAGAGCGGUCGGCUGAGGGGUCGAGAGAGUUUUAAUGUUUCAUUUAAAUUACAGAUAAAUGAAAUAUUAGGAAACAUUCGUCACUGUUGGACUGAACUUUUCAUAUUUGAUGUUUUCUGUCUUUGGCUUUAAAUAAGAAAAAUACAAAAUACGAGAAAGUUAUGAGGAAAAGUAAAAUAUAUAUCAAAAUAGAAUUAAUAAAAAACAAUAAUAGUAAUGAUGUUGACUGUAAUAAUUCUACUAAUGAGUGCAUGAUGAUAGUAAUCAAAUAAUAUUUAUAAAAAUAAAGAUAAUAUUUUUAUAUAUUAAUAACAUAAUUUUAACCCAAUAUUAACUCUUUAGAAAAUUUACAGUAAUACAAAAAUUCUAUCUAAAUAAAAUAUGAAAGAUAAAAUAAAGAAAAUCAGACUAAUAAUUAAAAUGAGUUUUUUUUAGAUAUGAUAAAUAAGUGCAUGAUGAUGGUUAUUAAAUAAUAUUUUUAAAAAUAAAGAUCAUAUUUUUAUAUAUUAUUAAGAUCAUUUUAAUCUGUGAUUAAUAUUUUAGAAAAUUUACAAUAAUACAAAAGUUUUUAAAUAAAUAAAACAGAAGAUAAAUUGAAGAAAUCAGACUAAAAAAAAAUUUUUAAUGAGAUUAAUAAGUGCAUGAUAGUAAUCAAAUAAUAUUUAUUAAAUAAUAUUAAUAAUUUUAUAUAUUAAUAAGAUUAUUCUAAUGAACGUUUAUUUUAAAAAAAUUGACAAUAGUACAAAAAUGUUAAAUCAAAUAAAAUAAAGAAAAUCAGACUAAUAAAAAAUUUUUUUUUUUUAAUUUGAGAUUAUUUUACUGUGUCAGUUUAACUCUCACUGUCGUUCCUUAUUUCGUAUAAAAACUCUGUUAAACUUCCUGAUAUUAAAGGUUUGGUUGUGAUUUUUCCUCUGUAUUUCAGAGUUUCUUCACUGGAGUCUUUUCAGGUUCUUGGUUCACAGGUUUGACCUCGCAGCGUGACCUCGCAGCAGAGUGUAACACGCUCUGUCUUUAGCUCACAGUCACGUCAUCUGACGUGUACGCACGGCGAGCGAGUGAGCGGGCCUCAGCGCUCGGUGAAUCAGCUCAGUGUUGAGGCUCUGACAAUGUCCCCAUUGUGCUGGUCUGCAGACCGGCCUGCUCUCUGAGAAACUUCCCACCUGUGUGUUCUCCCUCUAACACUCCAACUCUGUGUCUGUGUGUGUUUGACCUGCAGGUGGCGCAGUCCCAAAACAAAGUGUACCUGAGCGCCGACAGCCUGGUGCUCAACCUGCAAGACAAAGAGAGCUUCAAGUGAGUGAAACAAAGAAAGUUUAAAGUCCUGGACGAGUUCAGGCAGGAGCGGAGCGCCAGAUUAACCCCCGAGAGACGGGCAGGAAUCUGAGCUGCAGAGAGGAGACCGCAGCGACGGGUUUAACCUUUUAGUUUCACCGACAAAUGUGAGACGUUUUUAACCGUUUAAGAGCGCCGUACCAUCGCUGUCAGACAUACAGAGCUGAGGAGACGUUUAAACGUUUAAAUGUUUUAUUUUGUUAGAGUUCGGAUCUAAAAUUACGUUUGGCAGGAAAAUGACGUCAGUUUUCGUCGUUGUUUCAGUCUUUAACUUUUACUGUUUGAUCAGGAGACUCUGCUAAAAUGAUCCAGUUUGAUCUCCACUAAAAAUCCUGAUUUCCCACAUAUUUGUUAUAUUUAUGAUAUUUAUUAUAUUUAUAAUUAACCUGAGAACGAGCAGACACCGAGUCGUCAUCACCCUGAGUUACACAGAUGUGGUUCUGACUGGAUUAUUACCAAUUUGGACCUCUGUGUGUCCUCGAACAUGAACUUUACAGACAUCCUCCACAGUAAUCCAGGUCCUCAGAGGUCCACGGGUUGUUCUGGUUCUGGUUCUGGUCUGCUGUAUAAAGGGCCUCACACAGUAACUGAAAGACUGUUCGACUAACUCUCUGACUUACAAACUAACUCGCGUACGUCCUUACGGCUAAAACAUGCGAGAUCUUGUGAGAAAUAUCGGUAAUCUUGCGAGCACUUCACCUCCGAUGGCGGGGGCAAAUCGGAUCUGGCGGGCACUUGACGCUUGCAUAUUUGAUCUGCCUGCCGGUCAGGAUCAGAGCGGAGCCGCUCCGGAUCCAGUGAAAUCCCCGGGUUACUAACUUCCUAACUCAGUUCUGAGUUUUUACUUUUUUAUGAACAUAUUUACUUCAGUAUUAGUUUAUUUACUUGGUCAUUAUUUACUCUCACUGUUACUUAUUAAGGUGUAACUCUGUCCCUAAUGUUUUGACUCUGUAGGUUUGUAACUCACUAACCUCCUUAACUCGUUUCUCGUCGACUCGUUUGAGGAUUGACUUACAAACUUACUCCCGUACUCUCUCUCUCUCUCUCUCUCUCUCUCUCUCUCUCUCUCUCUCUCUCUCUCUCUCUCUCUCUCUCUCUCUCUCUCUCUCUCUCUCUCUCUCUCUCUCUCUCUCUCUCUCUCUCUCUCUACCUCUCUCUCUCCCUCUCUCUCUCUCUCUCCCUCUCUCUCUCUCUCUACCUCUCUCUCUCGUUGACUCGUUGUUUGAGGAUUGACUUACAGACUUACUCUCGUGUUGUUUAGAGUCUAACUCGUUUACGACUCUAACUCGUUCUCUCACAUCUGGAUUGAACUCGCUCGGUCCGCCGCCUGUUUCCUAAUGUACUUACAUUCCAGCCCAUUGACUUCCUUACUAAACAUGUUAUCUCCUUUAACGGCUUACUGAGGAUCUUACUGACUGAUUAAUUCACUCACUUACUUUUGAGAUAACUUACUUCCUAACCUAUAAACCUGAACACCUCCUCGUCUGUCUGCCUGAUGAUGAUGAUUUCCUACCUGCUCACCUUCGUACACGACAAACUAACUCAGCGUUACUAAAAUUAAAGUUCUAAAGUUCUACCUUUAUAGCUCUAUAUCAGACCUACUUCAGAACUCAGUCAAGAACAGAGGCAUCUAUAUAUCUACAUCUAUCUUUAUCUAUAUAUCUACAUCUUGUUAGAUUUGUAGUUUAGUAACUUAUGAUCGACCAGGAGAGGAAAUUUCAAAAUAAAAGCAGAAUUUCCCCCAAUUUCCACUUUCAUCCUGAUCGUCUAUUAAAGGUCGUAUCCUCCGAUCGUAAUCCGCCACGAUACUUGCCUCACAAACAGAUUUUGUAGGAAUUGGCGGACUGGGCGUGCAGACUAUGAUUUCCAACUCUUUCCAAAAGAGUGUUACCCCCAACUUCCACUUUCAUCCUGAUCAUCUACUAAAGGUCGUAUCCUCCGAUCGUAAUCCGCCACGAUACUCGCCUCACAAACAGAUUUGGUGGAAACUGAGUGUUAGACAUUUCAGGAAGUGAAGCGGCUGGUUUUAAAUUUCUGAAAUGUUUGUUGUUCGUUUUUGAGUUACACUAGUUUUCAUCUUUAAACGCAGCGGUAAACCGUUCAUGUUCUGUGUCGUCAGGAGUGAGUUUGGAUCUAAAAACAUCAGACUGAACUUUUCCUCGUCGUGUUCUUGUUUUAAUCUGAACUCUUUGUUUUCUUUCAGCAUGAUUCUGAAGUAAGAGGACGUCUCUGUCGGUCGGUCUGUCGUCAUUCCCUCCCUGCUCCAUUUUCUCUACAGAAGAAAAGAAAACUCGUGGUCGGCUCCCUCUCACCUCUCACCUUCAGUCAGGUUUUCUCUCAGACCACAAAAACAGACUCAGACCUGCAGAUUUCUCAUCCAGCAGCUGUUCGACGGGACGCUCACACAGCUGAGGAGUGGCGGGCGGUAAAUCCCGGCUGUCCGCUCUCAUGUUUAACAAACUCUCCAAGCCUCUAAACACUAUUUCUCCACCUGACGGCUUCCUGCUGCUCCAUCAGUCCACGUCCACGCUGCAUAAACCGCUAAGCUAGCUCCGUCAAAUUGAGAGAUUUCAGACUCUAAAUGAAGAUUUUCAGAAAUAAAGCUCCAGUUUCAUGAAUCGAAUGUGAAAUUAUCAGAUUUUAACCAAAGCUGGAGGAAUAUUUUAGAUCUCAGUCCACAGAAAAGAUGAAAUAUUAACAUUUCUGAGUGAAUCAGAACUUUGAGGAACAUGAAGCAGCAGUAUUUUCCAGAGAAGAGUGAUGAUGUGAAAAUCGUGACCAGAGUUGCUCUUCUUUAACAUAAUCAUUACGACUUUAUUCUGAAAACAGACGACUUUGUUUUAGUUCAAAUCUCACGUGUUUGACCUGAACCUGCAGACGGACCAGGGUUCAGGGUUCGGGUCUCUGCUGCAGUAGAAGUGACGCUGUAGAGCUGCAAGUGUGAUUAUUUCACCACAGAUUAAAUCUGCCUGUUAUUUUCUUGAUCAUUUGUUUAUUGUUUGUUCUAAUAAAUAAAAAGUUAAAGCAGAAAAACCUUAAAGAUUCCUGAUCCUGCGGCUUUCCUCUCAGACAACACAAGAAAAUAACUGUUUUAGUUUAACCCAUUAAUGCCCAUAGUUAAAUUUUAUAAUUUAACUGAGCUAAGUACAAAUCCAAGUUUAAAAUCGGUCGAAGUACGUGGUUACAGCACCAGUUUUUCUUAUCAUACUAUAUUUAGUAUCUGGGCACAAACACUCUCCGGUUUUAUCACUUAUCACAUAAACACAUGAAAACACGGGUUCCCUUGAUCACAUGUUCAAAAUCUUUUAAGCACCAGACAGGCUAAUGUAAGGGUCAGUUAUAAAAAAUGUUCUCUGAUUUUCUUUUAGAGAGAAAUAAUCAAAAAUGUUUCACCUCGACCAUCGUGUUUACGCCGCCGUUCCUCUCCGAUGUCCGUCAUACACAGUCAAGAAUGUUAAAAACUGUUGAUCAAUGUCAAUAGUCAACAAGUGAAAUACAAUAACAUGUUCAUCAAUCUCAAUUCUCAACCGCAAUCAAAUAAUAAAUGAAUAAAAGGUAUCUUUCCAUCUCAAAUACCCUAAAUUUCAAAAGUCAACAUUUAUAAACUGGUUAAUAGUCGAGUUCCUGAAUGAGACCCUUUAAUGCUUCAGUGCAAACAUGUAAAUAAAUGAAAUAAUGGACUUUGUUUAAAAAAUAUAAGAUCAGACUUUGUGUCUCAUAAAUGAUCUGAUAUUGAAGAUCAGAGCUUUUGUUCCAGACUGUCAACACGUUUAUUUCUACUAUGAAGUUUAACAUGGGGCUCUAUGGGGCCUGACUCAGCUUUGGAUCAGGCCUCUAGUGGACACUGGAGGAACUGCAGUUUUGGGGACUUUGGUUUGAUUUGAUUUUCUUCUUGGUACAUGAGUCUUAAAUUCUGUUGAUUCAGUCAUUUUUAACGAGCUUGACGGAAACAUUCGAGCGCAGAUCCUCCUUUCAGUCAUUUUCAGGUUUUAUAAAAAUGAACUCCAACUAUUUCUGCUCAAACUCCAGGAUCAUUUUACUCUCACAUCUUUAAAACACCUCCUCAAUAAUCUCAGCCUCUCUCUGACUGCAGUGACAGAUCUGAAUAAUCCCGACCGCCGUUCCAUUUUCACUCCGAUCAGGUGAGAAAUCCUGCGGCUCAGAAAAACAUCUGUGAGCCGUGAAACGUCGUCAGCAGGUGACUCAGUUCUGCUGUUUUAUAACACUUCAGUAAGCGUUUCAUGGAGUAAAGCCUCCGACUAAAUCUGAACACUGUGGAGUCGUGAUCGUUAAUACCUGCCAGUAUUUAUGAAGAAACACACACUCACACACACAGAGUUCCCUUUGUUCCUGUUACAGCAGAGUGUAAAUUAAGAACUCUCGUACCAACACCUUUAGGAGCAGACUGAUCAUUUUCAUUCACAAGUCUGUAUCUGUUUACAGGUACUUCUACUAUUUUAUCUGAUCUUUAUUUACAACUUUAAUCUCAGAGUUUAACAUUAAGAGCUUUUAUUUUGAAACUCAGAACAUUUAAACACUUCAAAAAAAAGAUGAAGGUCUCCCCUUAAAUCAUCUUAAAAUGUUUUUUUUUCUGUCAAAAUAAUUAAUUAUUGUUGAAUGAUUUAAUCUCAAACAGUCGCUCAGCCUUUAGAAUUCAGUUUAAUCCCAAAUUGGAGUUGGAUUUUCCUCUGUGUGACAAUUAAAGGAACAUAUCUCAAAUUUAAA